UAGUGGCUAGCUGCGCUGCUCCAGCCCAGCGCCAAUUAGGUUCAGCCAAACAGGCUGCUGAUUACGGGUUACCUGAGCAACCGCAGCCUCUCAUCUCCGCAGCUCGUAUUCUGGGUGCUAGUCCUCACUCUCGCUCACUGCCGAUAUGGCGGCCACCGGCGGCGUGAGGACGGCGUGCGUCACCGGAGGGAACGGGUACAUCGCCUCAGCGCUCGUGAAGAUGCUGCUGCAGAGGGGAUACGCCGUCAAGACGACCGUCAGAAACCCCGACGACAGGCAGAAGAACUCCCACCUCAUGGAGCUGCAGGCGCUCGGCCCCCUGCAGAUCCUCAGCGCCGACUUGGACGACGAGGGCAGCUUCGACGACGCCGUCGCCGGCUGCGACUAUGCCUUCCUCGUCGCCGCUCCGGUGAACCUCACGUCGGAGGAUCCCGAGAGAGACCAGAUCGAGCCGUCCGUGCGCGGGACCCUGAACGUGAUGAGGUCGUGCGCCAAGGCGGGGACGGUGCGGCGCGUGGUCCUGACCUCGGCGGCCUCCUCCGUGUGCAUCCGGCCGCUGGAGGGCGACGGCCACGAGCUGGACGAGGAGUCCUGGUCCGACCUGGACUGGGUCGCCGCCGAGAAGCCACCAAGCUGGGGGUACGUCGUCUCCAAGGUGCUCUCGGAGAAGGUGGCGCUCCGGUUCGCGCAGGAGCACGGCCUGAGCCUGGCCAUCGCGUGCCCCGUCCUCACCGUCGGCGCGUCGCCGGCGCCCAAGGUGUACACGAGCGUCCCCGCCAGCCUCUCCAUGCUAUCCGGCGACGAGGCGGCGCUGGCGAUGCUGAAAGGCAUCGAGAAGUCGUUUGGAGGGGUGCCCGUCGUGGACCUGGACGACCUGUGCCGUGCCGAGGUGUUCCUGGCCGAGGCGGAGGCGGCGGCGUCCGGGAGGUACAUCUGCAGCAGCUUCGUCACCACCGUCGUCGAGAUCGCGCGGUUCCUGGCGGACAAGUACCCGCAGUACACCGUGAACAUAGGCCAGGACUCCGGCGGCGAGCUCCUGGAGAAGCCGAGAGUGAAGCUGUCGUCAGCGAAGCUGGUGAAGCAGGGGUUCGAGUUCAGGUACAAGACGCUGGACGCGGUGUACCAGGACGUGGUGGAGUACGGCAAGGCCCUUGGGAUCCUUCCCUACUAGACGUUGCCGUGGGGGAAUAAAACGACC